GGUGCGAAGUUGAAUGGUUUCGAAAAGCGUUAAGAGAUGGCGCUAAAAUCGCUUCUGACGCAUUGCUUCCGCGAGAAACACUUCCGUUGCUGCUGAACCGCUCAACUGCUUUGACGGAGCGCUCGUUCUUCUCGACAGCUUCAGUGAUUUCUCAUCCAUCCAUUGCGAAGCGCGAGGCAAACAGCGGCAAACAGCUGUGGCUAUCCCUCUAGUGCUUGCAGCAGCGCGCACUCGGCGAGCCUGAAGCCAACAUGGCUCUGCGGAGUGCUGCUGCCCGUCGAAAAACUACGGGCGCUUCGUCGUUGCGCGAGGUGGCCCGUCAUCGUCGCGGCAGUGGUCUCGUCGCGGCGCAGUGACCCCGCCGUCAGCACCAUCAGCUGAGUGCGCCCUGCCCACCGCGGGCGUCAACCGGACCCGGCGAUGCCAUCCUGCGUCAGCGCUGCGCCCGUAGGCGAAACCAACAACGACGGGAUUGCAGUGUUGACGACCGGUGUCUCGCCGCCCGUCGCGGUCGUCCUCGGCUGCCGUCAGCUGCGGCUAUGAAAGGCACCGCAGGACCCCGCUAUUGCUGUAUAUACCGAGGAAUAGGCUCGUGAGAGAAACAAGGGGGAAAAAAAUUGCCACGGGGCGCGUUUGUUCGCCCCCCUCACUGCCAAGACGAUGGUGUCCAUAAUCAAGAAUCAGAUUCUCAAGCACCUUUCCAAGUUCACCAAGAACCUGUCGCUGGACAAAAUCCAGCUGAGCACUCUUCGGGGCCACUGUGAACUGAGGAACCUGGAGCUGGACGAGCAGGUGCUCACGGAGUUGCUCGAACUCCCCACAUGGCUCUGCCUGACACGCGCCAUCUGUAACUAUGUCACUCUCAAGGUGUGCCUGCUUCUUCACAUUUUUCUCUUCAUCACUGCAUUACUUGUGAAAGUAUUUAAAGAAAGGAUAGAAGAGAAGAAGGGCAAGGACUACCCCGCACAAUGCCAGAAACUAAUAUAUGCAGGCAAAAUCCUCAGCGAUGACUCCAAAAUGAGCGAGUAUGACAUUGACGAAAAGAAGUUUGUGGUCAUCAUGGUCACCAAGCUGUCUCGGGUGGUGCUGGACAGCCGGACGCCACGCUGGGACCCCGGUGACCUGCGCCUCUGCCGCAUCAAAGGUCCCGACCAGCUGCUGCUCUUCCGACAACUCCAAUGGCAGAUGAUGCGCCUAGAGGCGCAUGCCCGGGGAGCUCAUGCCGGAGCACCACUGCGCCUAAUCACCAACGGGGCACGCUGCCGCAUUGUGCUCAAGAAACGCCUCGCUGACUGCAGCCUGGUUGCCAGCCGCCUGGUCCUGGUGCUAGACGAGCUGCUCUGGGCCCUGACCGACGCGCAGCUGGUGGCAGCCUUGCACUUGGGGCACUCCCUGGCUGCCCUGGUGCGGAAGGCACUCGACCUUGCCAACCCCCGACCACUUUUCGACUUCCUCCGCGCCCCCUUCGUCGCAAAGGGGCGGGGGUGGCGGAGGAGGAGCCCCCAAGAGCCCCUGGUGGAAUUCUUUCGGCAACAUGAUGUGCUUGAGACCUCGUACCACAUGUUCUGCACUCGUAUAGACCUACACCUCUGUGAUGACAUGGACCCCAAGGAGACACGAUCUAAUUGGGGCCCAUUGCAAGGGGGUGCUGCUCUCCAGAUCCUGCUGGAAAAGCUCCUCAUCGACUACUACCCCUUCCAUGGAGCGGCAAGCCCCCGCAGCCACUGGCUCAAGUACAGCGAGCCCACGUCAGGGCGGCAGACCUGGGUGCAGCAGAUGCUCACCCAUUGGGCGGAGGGUGGCCCAUCGUCUUCAUCCACGCCAGGAAGCACGCCUUCAUCACGUGACUGGCGAACUCUCAUGUCCAGUUGCCUACUCGUGCGGCUCGAAGAGUUCUCCAUGCAGCAGGUAUGCAUGGCAGGGCGUAGUAAUCGCCGCCCGUUUCUGGCAUCAGAGGGUGCCACCGUGCUGCUUCCUGGGGAGGCCCUACACCUUGAAGUGACCCACUACUACGCGCGGCCCUCGCCAGCCACGACGCCCGUCACGGCCAACGGCCAUGUCAGGAGUCCGGGUUCUGGCAAAGGCAGCAGCGUGUCUUCGUUGGCUGGGAGCUCUGUGCCCGAGCCACAUCUCUUUGCCUACUUGGGGCCCACUGCAUUACGGCUGGACCUCCCCACCGUACUCUGGGCACAUGCUUUCCUGCACAAUGUUCACAAGUGCACGGCACACCUGUCCUGUGCCAAUGAAGUGUCACCACUGGCUGUGCGAGUUGAAAUGAUCCUGCCAAAGGUUGCAGUGCCACAGUUUGAGCGUGAGCGACCCCUGUUUCCCGAGGAGCACUCCUCCGGUGAAGAGAGCCGCGAGCUGCGGCUGGGCUGCUCACGAGCCGUGGCCACCAACUGGCGCCCGGCCGACAGGGGUGCCUGCCUAGAGGCCCUGGGCAGGGGCCCGCUCUUCUUCGAGACCACCAGCUUUCCCUGGCUACCUGACAGAGGAGGGGGGGCCAGCCCCGAUCCCCCAGCCGUGCACCCGUGCUUCCUGCAAGGACAGCAGCAGCGCUCCAGUGGAGACCCCGAAGCUGAGGCGUCUCUGUGGUCGGUGCAGCUGGAUCCCUGCUGGGCAGAGUUUGUCGAACGCCCCGGGUCAAGACCACGGGCCUUUGUGGAGCCACUGCCACUUACGCUAUGGAUAGCUGCGCCGGUGACACUAGCAUCACGCGUGCCGCUGUUGCUGCACGUGCCGGCGCCGCUGCGGCUGCAGCUAGGGCGACGAGAGUGCGCCUUCUUGCUGCGCUUGGCACGUUCGGCUGCCGUGCUACAUGAGCAAGCGGCUCUCGACAGAUUGGCCAUCCUCGGUCCCAGUGGCCGGGCUCCUCCCUCUGUCAGCGUUACAGCACUGUGGCCCCGGGUGGAAGUGACACUGCUGCUGCCGCCACCGCCAUCCACAAGUGCAGCCAUUGGCUCGGCUAGCGACGGCUCGGAACGGCCGUCGUCUUCGACCACCACUAGUGAAGCUGACGAGGUGCCGCCGCACGGCACAGACGAUUCACCAGACUCUCCGCUGCGACAUUCGCUGCCGGCUUCCAUUGGCGUGCCUCUGCCAGUUCCACCAGGUUCGGGGGAGGCGACCAAGGCUCCCCCGUGGACCCUCCGCAAAGGACUUGCUACUGUUGUGUCUGGAAUAGACGCUGUUCUUUCCAAAGGUGCUGCAGACGGUGAACUGGAGUCCGUGGCAGACGACGACACCGUCUCCCUGCGGAGUGACCUUUCUUCGGACUCAGACCAGCUGCUCCUUGCCACCGGGGCACUGGACGAGGUCCUAGGUCGCGGCGGUACCGCCGAAGUUGCACAGGAUGCAGCCGAGCUUCUUGCCUUGGAUCAUCAUGGGGGCGGUGCGCAGGCUGCAGCCGUGAUGGAAAGUGCGAGUGGCACAGCUGGUCGUGUCGGGGGCAGCUCGGGGCGUCCCUGCGUUGCGGUACGCCUACAGGACCUGCAGCUGGUGGGCUGGGCAGGCCCCGACGGUGCCACGCUGCUGCUCCAGAGUCAACACCUUGCUUUGGAAGAGAGGCACACGGCAGCAGCUGCUACGUCCACGGGUGGGUCGUGUGGCGAGGCAGAAGAGGAGCGCUGCGUGUUCAGCGUGCGUUGGGAGAGCCUCGCUCCCGGCAGUUGCGCUAGUGAAACGGGAGCUGGCUGUGGGCUUCGUGCCCUCGUGCGAGGCCUGUGUGUGCGGCUGAGUGCUGAGGCACUAGCGGGCCUCACCCUGUUGGCCCAAGUGGAGCCUCCACCACAACGGGUGAUACCAGUGCGCCUCCUGGUGCACAGCCUCAGCGCCACCCUGCUGGAUGAUCCUGCGUCAGCUGGUUCAGUCGGCGAAGCGACCGGUGGCCUUCUGCUCAAAGUGCCCCAGUGCCUGGUGGACAGGACACCCUCGGGAGCUGUCUACAUCCUGCCCACUGGAUGUGGGUCACUGACUGAGGCUGUGGAGCAGUUGCUAUUGAGAAGCGAUGAGCGGAGGCCUCGUUCGGAGUUGGCGUUUGAGGCCCACCAGCCAGACCUCAGUGGACUAGUGGAAGAGAACGAGCGGCUUCGCCAGCGGCUGUCACAGCUCCACUCUCUUCAAAGGGACAACCGCCUUCUACGCGAGCAGGUAACUGAGCUAGAGAACAACAGUGCGGGUGAGCGGCGGCAGAUCGAGGAGCAGCGUGCGGAGCUGAACCGCCUGGAAGGAGAGAAGCACUCGCUGCUGGCCACCCUGCAGUUGCUCCAAGAAGAGCUCAGCCACCUGGAGCGGGCAUCCUCGUCGGGCUGCGACCCUUUCUGCGGAGCCAGCAACUCGUAGACACUCCCAACUCUCGCAGUUGCGUUGCUUCACGCGCUGCGCACAGCUGCUGCAAUAAAUGCAGAAGCCGUCCCCCGGCAAAGUCCACAUCAAAAGCUCUCGACGUCUUGCCGUGCGACGAUUACCAUUCGUGCGCUUCAUGACACCACUGCAGAAGACGCGAAGCCUCGACUACAUCCACAUUAGCACCUUCCGUGCCUGUCUUCAAUAUGGCGUGACCACUCCUGCCCAAUCCCUGGAGCUAGUGAAAUUGUGAUCCACGAUGUGUCAGCCUGUUCCUGGAAGCAUUGCCACUCGUUACCGUGACAGUGCAUUACUUCUGGCUCACUUGCGUCACCUUUGCAACAUCAAGGACUGCAUCCACCUGCUCAGCUCCGAAACAAGGUGCAGCAUUGGAGAGGCAUAUGCCAAACGACUUCACCCUUUCGUGGGAGAACAGCACUUGAUUCGCUGCACCAUCCUGAUGAAGUCUUCUCCGACCGGAUUUCCUUGUUCUGGAUUCUGUCAACAUUACAAGUGUUAUGGCAACUGCUCAGGAGUUUCAAUAAUAUUGCCUUCAUAAGUGAGAUGUGGAAGGCAUCGAAAGAGAGAAACAGAACAUCAUCCUGUAUUGGAUUAGCGGAGUUCAGAGCUGCUGGUUCACUCGCAGCAUGCUCUCACUUCUGCUUCAGUGCAUUUUGAGGUAAGAUGACAGUGUCGCUCGUCACCCAAACUAAUGUAAGGAGCAGCAUCUACCUGGAAUAAGUUCCCAUUCCGAAGAAGGGGUGGUGGAUGCACUGCUCUCGUUUAAUGUUUGUUGGAAGGACUGCUUGUACGCCUGUUCACUGCUUCAUGAGUUUUGUUUUGCUGAAAUUCACUCCAUCACCUUUAGGCCCUUGUUACUUGUUGUUCAGAGUGAAAUUAAAAGAAUGCCAGCUGUACGACACGCGUACAACUGCUGACUGAAGUUCUUGGAACACAUAGGUCGUGUGUUUUUUUGAGCAAACCCCCAAAAAUCGAGGGAUGAAUCAUGACCUACUCUGCGGUUGAAUAAUGUUGUACAGCUCACUUCAGGCAGCACAGCCAGGUCGCUUGGAAAUAAAGCCACAAGGCUCUUAUCUUCCAGAAACAUCUUUAGGAUUCUUCACAGCAUCAUGUACUAUCAUUGACGAAUGAAAUGCAAGCAUGUUAGUUUUAACUAGAACAUUCUUUUAUUUCUGCCUUAGCUGCUUCGCGGUGCCAACGUGUUGUUGGCUUGUACGGUUAGUCUGAGGCCUACACUGUUCUUGCCAAUAAAAUGUGAAUUACAGCAUGAAAUUGCACUCAAGCUAUUACUCGUAGAACAUGUUUUAGUUAAUAUUUUCUUUAUUUGUGUUUCAUUGGUCCAUGGUAGUACACCUCAAGAUGACAGCACAUGGUAGCCUUUACAUAAAUACACUUUUAGGGCCCCAGUGAUUGUCUGUACAUGGGGUGGCCAGACACACAUUCAAAGAAACACAGAUUUCACAGUGUGGUUAAAAAGUCACAGCAGAGGUCGGUAGUAUUGAGUAUUUUACCAUAGCAUAACCGUUCUAGCAUUACCGUUAUAGGAAUACCACAUGCUGCUAACUGCACAGGCACGGGAUUGUUUACUUCCAAGGUGCAGUUGGGGGAAGCGGUAGUGGUAAUGGUAAUUGUAGAACAGUAACACAACACGAAAAUACUCUAUCGACUGCCUUUUUACUGCUUGGCCUCCUUGCUGAGAAACACUAGUCUAGUUUUUUAGAACAGCAGAUGCAGAAGUUCAGGAAAAGAGCAUCAUUCGGCAUAAGCAAGCACGAUAGCGUGCAAUUUAGGCUGGAAAGUGGCCACUUGCUACAUAAGCUGGCUACAAGCUGCAAGUACGCCAUAGAAAAUCUGCACAAGUUUGACCACCUCACGUUUCUGCUAAUAUAACAAUUACUCGCCAUCUCCUUAUCUUGUAUGAACCCUUCUGCCAGCUCCAGAGAACAAUAGUAUUAUACUUGCCUAUCACAUGAACAUGAGAGAAACACUGUCCCACCAAUGCAUUAAUCACCUAGCCUUUGCUGUUUUACCUACAAAAGGCACAAAAGAUCGUUCUAGGGAGGUCAUGGCCACAUGACUUUCCUGCUUUUUUAUCAAAUCUGCCAACAGUGACGUUUGUAGCUCCUGCUGUAAGCAUGCUAGCAUGUUUGGUUCUCUGUGUCGUGAUAACUGUGAUGCAAAAGUAAUGAGAGGCCUUCAAUACUAAGGAAGGUUCUUGAAAAAAAAAAAACUGAUGCAACAGAUGUGCUGAGCAGCAGUUUUUACCUUUGCAAGCUUUUCUGGGUGAUUUGAUUUUUUUUUUUCCUGACAGUGUGACACAUGGUCAUGAGGCUAUCAGCACUUAUUUUAAAUGUGAAUGGUGAAAUGUGGGGAUUUUAUGCAGUUUAGCAGGAAGAGUGUACAAGGAUUUCAGAUCUUAACACACCGUGACCAUUGCUUCCGUCACAUGAGAACUGGUCAUUACUCCUUAUAUUCAUUGUUUUUUGGUAGAUUGCGCCAGACAAAUACGUAUCAUCACUUGCAUUAUGGCUUACGCUCAUAGAUGAUGUGAUUUGUUACAGGCCGGCUUUGUUUUUAUUGAUGCCUGUACUGCCGACAUUUGGCAUUGAAGAUGCCAGCAGUAUUUUUUUUUUUAAGUUCAUGUUUCGGCAGCAAAAAAGCAAUGUUAAUGGAAGAAGUGAACCCCUGUGAGCACUUAGGGCACAGAUAUAGUCUGGCGUAAGGCAGGCGUGUGGGAUUUGCGACACAGUUAUGCUAUGCUAGCAAAAAGUGAACGCCCUGCAGUCUGGCGUCACGGUGCAGCCAGCAUUACCUGGAGGCGCUUAAUGUGCUUUGAUGUGGCAGGCACGAGAAUAGAACAUACCCGAUCUCGCACCACAGCCGCUAGACCAGAGCUUAUCGUGCUCUAGCUUGAUGCGUUGAAAGCAUGUUGGCCUACAGUGCCUACAGUUAGGGUGCCUUGAAGAGCCUGCGCCGAGUAUGUGCGUUUGCCAAACUCCGCACUGGCUAACCGUGAACUUGUGCACGUGCGCUAGGGCAACAGCUGAUCGCUGCACUGCUGUGGGCCAUGCUCAAUGCGCUGGCGCAAAUUUUCAGUGACCCUGGCAUCACCUGCUAGGUGUAUUCGUCUUCACAGGUCUCUGCCUGGUGCGCUGGAAAUGUCGGACUAUAUUCGCACCUUGAGUGCAAGUCAAGAGCCAAAGAUGGAUGUUGUCGCUCCUUAAUGUACCUCUGUGGGUGGAAGGUUAUAGUGGUUACAUUCGCAGCCUUAGUAGUAGUAGUAUCACAUAAGUAUAAAAGUAUAGAAAAAAAAAACAUUGAAAAUGCCUGGUACGUGAAUAGUAGCCUUAAAACUUAACAUUCAGGAAGUGGUGUUGGUGUUGUGCAUGACAAGACAAUCUUGUGAUGCAUCUUAACUUUGCCUUGACCAUAGUAGCAGCUGUAGUCCCUUUUCUUGGGAGCUUUGAGCUUGCAGCCAGGACAUGAUUGCUGAAAGAAGUUAUACUGUAGGCCGUCAGUGUAGCGUCGUGUUUCAUGUUAAUGUUAUUUCAUGUUGGAGGUUGGCCCUAUCCAACUUAAGCAAGCAGGAUUGAAUUGCUGAAUGGUUGCUUGAUGCAUUGUUCACAAGUAGAGAGAUAAUUUAUUUGAAGGAAGGCAGAGAGGUCGGCCUGAGCUAGCCUGCUCUAGCCUGCUACUCUGCUUAGGGGGAGGGGGGAACGGGGGACAUAAAGGCUGGAUGAGGACUUAUUCAGGUUUAAUAGUGCUGCAUUGACCAGUGUACUUGCUGUGUAGAUUAGCUGUCCACAUUGCCGACCAACCAGGCUUCUUCACAUGUGCUGUCUUUCUUCACAGCGCUGUCUCGUGUUUUAACACGUGACGCACAUGAUGCGACUUUUUGUGUACGCAAGUAACUGAGCUAGAGAACAACAGUGCGGGUGAGCGGCGGCAGAUCGAGGAGCAACACCUCGAUCAAAGGGGGGCUUUUGUAAUAUACGCGUGACCGUGCACUUGUGGUGUUGUGGGACCGACAGGACAGUACUUGCCAUCUCACUAGCUGUCGUCUCAGCGCUCGGAACCAGAGUAAUUCUUUAGUUCACAAGUAUUCUUUGUAAGGAUGAUAGAUGAUAUUCUGGUGCCCAAUGCUCACUUGCCCAAGAACAUUAUUACAAACUAUACAGAAUGCAAAUAUUGAGUAAUGUCAUUGGGCUAAAGUGCAUGCGAAUUAAAAAUAGAACAAAAAAAACAGACAAGAAGGACACAUGCUAAGAACUUGUCUAUAAACAAAGCAUUGGCCCUAUUCAGACGAAGUUUCCUAAGAAGCGACAUAGAAUCUUAGAUUGAAAUUCCAGAUUAUGGUAUGUCAAAACAUAUUUUUAUUCAGUAUGGCCAUAACACAACAUAGUUAUUCAUCUGAACGAUAGCUGGCAUAUCUUUUAAUGACAAAUUAUUUCUUAGUGCGUGUCCUUUUCCUUUUGUCUGUCGCUCUUAAGCUGCUGCAUGUUAUGGCAUCUACUGGUUGUUAAAAGGCAUAAUGCAUUCCUCAGGCAAUUGCCGAUGCUUUCAUUUGUAACAUUGUAGUAACCCACAAUUUCUUACUUGCCAUCUCACUAGCUGGCGUCCCAGCGCUCGGAACCAGAUUAAUUCUUUAGUCAUGUUUUUGCGUUGAUGACAUGUGAUCUCUCUAGACAUUGCUAGUAGAGCCACUUAUCAAUUUGUACACAUUACAGGUUUCUAAAGUUUAAAUUAUGUCCAUCUCUUAUUUUUCAGCGUCUCAAGAAUAAAACAAAUACUUGCCUAAGCAGAAGGCUAAAAAUAAACUAUUACAUUGGUGUUACAGGCUUCCUCUAAAACCACUGCCAAGCAAGAAUUAUGUGUAAAUGGUAAUUGUAGUGUAAAUUCAUGGUGAAUAAAACAAAUUCUUGCCGAAGCAUAUAGUUAAAAAUGAGUAAUAUACAUACUGAUGUUUCAAAAACCCAUAGCCUGUACUGGUUGCUUGUUCAGCGCUCCCACAUCUUAUUGCUCAGGCAUCUUCAGUUAGUUGUUUUUGACCACUAUGAAAUAUGGUUUCAGAUUAGGUUGACUUUAAAAGAGCAAUUUAGAUCCAAUCCCCUGGUUCUGCAAGUGCAGUCAGCUAUAAUGUGUAUUCCAACUUUUAGUAGAGUUCAUCUUUCAUAGGCAUGUUUUGUGGUUUCACUGUGGCCCAGCCCUUGCAGAAGUUGGUAAUGAACGAUCAUUGCCUCAACCUUAACUAUUCAAAAAAGCUAAGCAUCAUUCACGUGGAAGGUAGUGCCCUCUAGCUUGAACAUGGAAAGGAUCGAAAUCUGGCUGCUUCAGUGCAUAGGGUUCGAGUGACCAGCUGAAAAUAGUAUCAUUAGUUGAUUACUGCUCUUAAUGUAAAUUUCGUGGCCUCACUGAACGUAACAAUGCAAGGCAUCGAAGGAAAAACUAAGAUGGAGAAAUGCAUACUUUGUCAUACGUUCUGUGCAUUACACUUCGAGCCGCAGUGUUUGUUGAAGCAGAGCCAUAAUUUUCUGACCUGUCUUUCUGUAAAGAUUUUUCUGCUCAUACUUGCUAGGAAUAAACCGUGAUGAAAUGUGUUAUAGAUGUAUACUACCUCUAUGUGUGAAGUUUGAAUGGCUAUCUCUUUUUGAAAUGAUAGUAGCUCACGGUUCAUCUCAUCUUGGGUCCUGCUCUUCAAUAUGUAGCUGGGGCUUUCUGCAAAGAUUGAAAGUAGGUUUUGAUCUGACAGGAAAUGAACGGAAUGCGGUUUGCUUACAAAUCUGUUCCCUGUAACUGUAUUAAAAGAAAAUAUUAAAGCAAAUCAAAAUGUGAUGAAAAUGCAGACAGACAAACACAAGUGCUAAGAUACAGACCAGGCACCAAACGUGUAUCUGCCUCGUUACCAUAAUUGCAUCAUAAUGUGCACUGUUUCCAUCAUGCUUUCCGCCAGGAAUGACUGCAUCCAAGCAUGUCAUUAGUACUGCCAAAUGGACAAGCAUUAAAAUAUUUGACUGGAACUUGCAAUGUGUAUCUUUGCUACUCGCAAAGUUAUAUCAAGGCAUCUAACUGUGUGAAGCUCCUGCCUUAUCUAUGUUAGCGUGAAGAUUUCAGCAGUGAAGAGCGUAGGAUGUGCAUAACGGCAUAUCUGUGCCGGAGUAUUUAUGAGAAUGUGUGACUGUUGCUUGUAAGGAAAGGUUGAGACCACAGUGUUGAUGAAUUUGCAUUUUUUGGCGCUUGUACUUUUGUAAAUGCCAAAAUGUUUUCCUCACAUAGACUGGGACUUGUUUGAUGGCCUUGUUUCACAGUGACUUGCAUGUGCUUCAGUGCAAACCAUGUUUGCAUGUUCUCAUGCUAUACUAUUGUUUCUCUCAAGAGCGGAGGAAUUAUUUUGACAUCAUCUAUGGCGAAGUCUCCUAGUGGCAAGCAUAAUGUUUCAAGCUGUGUCACAGUGGGAAAUGUCACAUGCAGCUGGCAGAGUGUGGCACGGUGUCAGACUUCGUUGAAACCAUGCUAUGACAAUAGAGAAAGAAAUAACUCCCCACGAAUUGAAGUUCUACAAAACUAUUGGGACCCACAAACCUGCUCCAAAUUUCUGAAUAAAAAACUAAUCAUUUGCCAAGGAACAGAAAAAAAAAGUGUUCUGGAUUUAUAGAUGCAAUUCGCCUUUGGUUCUUCAUGGGUCAGUGAUUCAAGCCAGGGAUUUUGUUUUUAACUACCCUCACUAUCGUGUGUAUCAUAAGUCUCCUGAAUUUGCAUAUUUUAUGCAGCUUUGCUGAGUAGCACCACUCCUUGAUCUGUGGCCACUGCUAUCUGUCUUGUUAUUUAAAGGCAGUUUUGGUUUCGCUUCGCAGAUGUGAGACCGCCUUCCCCACUUUUCACAGUUUAAAUGUCAGUGGGAACUACAUGGCAGCAUUUUCAUUCUGCACUAGAAUCUCAGUGAUGAAAACUGGUGAAUGUCUUCAAGGAGGAGGGCAGAUCUUGGUGGUACUUAAGUUGGACUUUAGGAAAUACUUUGGGGAGGCUUUAGGAUAUCGUAGUUGGAUUGGAUCUCAGUACAUAAAGGCAUAAGCUAUUUGCCUUUUUUUUUUUUUUGUCGGCAGCUUUCUGUAGUGAUGUGUUGCACUGUGAGGAAAAUUGGAUGAUUGUGUGUUAUCCAAGUAUGUAUUUAAGCUAAGAGCUAGUGAAAGCUGACCAUAAGCUGAUUCCUCACUUUUUGCAUUGUGUCACUGUGCUGUGUAGUCAUCUUAUAGCUUCCAGGUUGUCCACUAGUCCAUGCUUGUUUGACAUUCAAUCCAUUUACCAAAAUUUAUACUACUCAGUACUCUGUCGAUAAUACAUUCAUGCUAGUUCCAUUAUUGCAGCUUUGCAACAUUUAAUGCAGUUCCUCAGCAUGUUUUUGUAAAUCAAUUGGAAGUCAAUGUCUUCAUCGCCUCUCUGCUCUCGUGCCUGACGUUUUAGUGGCAGAUAUGUCCUCCAGAAAGUACCAAAUAUGUGAAGAUGAAGUUCUUCUAAAGUAUAUACUUGGAGAACAAGAACAGCAGAUGUGAAGAAAGCCUUUAUUUCCCUGUAAAAUACACACUGCGUAAGCAAAAGAGAGUAGCAAUAAUUUGAUUGCAAGAGGCUUCAAAUAAUGAUUUUUUUAAGAGCAGUCAACAGGGUAUCGCUUGAAACAGAACAAAAUGAAAUACUAACUCAAGAAAAGACACAAGUAUGCAUGAGCGAGCAAGUACAGAGCUCAGCGGUUGAAAUGCAAUACUCUGAGUGCACAACUGCUGGAAGGUUUUUGUGCCACUGGUAGGCGCUGGGUGCGCCGAUCUGAUGCAUUUUUUUGUAUCAAAUGAAAGCGAGUGCCUUUGCGAUAAAUUAUGACUGCAUUCGGUCCCCUCAGCCAUCACCCAGCGUUCACCGGCGGCACAAAAAGGAUCUACCACUAUGCAGCUAGAGUAUCGUGUUUCAUUUGCUCAGCACUGUACAUGCACUGUCAAUGUUAUACUUUUUCUUGCAUCACAAGCGUGGAUGCGUACAAGCUAGCUUAAUAUAAUCACAACCUUUGCAGUGGAACUGUUCAUUAGUGUGGCCAAAGAUUUGGAGCUAUGAAUUGAUAUGUCCUCAAAGCAACAUUUCUAUAAGUGUUUCACAUUGACAUGUUAUUUUAACACUUUGAAACAAAUGUGUACAAGCUUUUGAAAAACUAACAAAAAUUUGCAGAAUACAGUGUCGGCAGUGUCAAACCUACUUUAGUUAUGGCCGGAAACUUGUAUUUUUCCAGUUUUUCCCUUUGACUCAGACUACACAGAGGUGAGGGGGAGGGCUGACUAUACUCAACAGUCGUAUGAGUAAUGAAUGACUGCCACGUUAGAGCAGGGUCACUGUCAGAUGUUGCAAGGCUUUUGAGAACCCUCCUUUGUGAACUACCAUGCGCAGAUCCCAAAUAAUUCUGCCUUGGAAUUCUUGUUGGCAUAGUUGCUCAGAUGAUGUUCUAAUUCCUUUGCCAUCAGCCUUCAUUUGCUGUUACAUAUUUUUUUAACACUUGUGAAUAAGGACAGUUUGGCAGCCUGCUCUUCAACAUGUUUAUGAUCUUCCGUCGAUGAAGUGAAACUUGAAAUUUUGUGUGUGGUGUGUGGAGAAAAUGGUGUGCAAUGAGUAUUCUACAUCAUGCUGUGCAGAGUUGGCAUUUCUUGUGAAAUUGAUGUAUGUGCGUAUGUUUGUAUGCUUGCAUGCCGGCACAGGUGCAUGCAUUUCUUGUGCAGAGGCUGCAGAUUGUUAAUUUAAUUUGCUCCCAUUUUGCAGGCUGUGUGUGAACUUAGGUAGGUCCUGUUUUCAUUAGAGUGUGGCCUUAGCUCAAACCCGAGUGUAAAGGAUUAUUAGAGCACUACAUUGAAAGGUUGUACUCUUUCCAGCAAUAUGUAUGUAUGUAUUAUAGGUUACGAAAGUACUGCUGGGCACCUGUUCCUUUGUGUGCUUAACGAACAAAAAUCUACCACUCUGCCUCUCUCUGUCUCUUUGAUGUUGAAAGCUGUGCACUUUGUUAAAGCUGCUACACAACCUGUACUACCGGUGUGUACCGUGUGGUGAUCAGAUGACUUGGGUGUGUUUUACAACACAUACGCAAAGAUGUUUUCAUCACGAUGUGAGCAGGGCACUCAUUAGAAUGUGCGUUGUUUUUGUGGAGCAAGCAAUUAUAAGGACAAAACUCUGCAUUGGUGGCUGUGUGAGCACGUAGGUACAUACUGUCUCACAAGGAACUGCGCAUGUAGAGAAAAAUUGGGAGACACCAUCUGGUAGUGCAAUACAUGAGCACACUUGAUUUUCAUGGUGAAAGCAAAGCACUAGUAACAGGUUUGUUGCUGUUGUCAGCCACCAGAUGGGCCCAGCAUGCAGUGAGCAUUAGGGGACGUCAGUGCGCACCUCCUCCCUCAUGGUAGGGGAGGAGGACAUCGAGGCACCGUAGUGAGCAUAAGUUUUCUGAUAAGAGGAGGGUUUUGGUAGUAAAUCUCCGUGACUACAUGCAUGUAGAACUGCUACACUUACUCAAAGGCCAAGUCAACACUAUGAUCCAAAUUAUGUUUCAGCCAUUAGUUACCAUAACUUUGGCAUCACUAGCUUUCUUGUAGCUGUUGAAAAAUUGUUUUCGAAAGGAGGCCAACCAAAGCUUUGCGAAGCAAAUUUAUUUUCAUGCACUCGGGUCUGUUUGUUUAUGUGAGUUGUACCAGACACUGUGAUGACUGUUGAAGGCACUUUGUCAAGCUGCCUGACAGCAAAUUAUAAUGCGCAUGUGAUUUAUUGAGCAAGUGGCAUUAGCUUUUCAUGGAUAGCAAUUGUGGAAUACGUAUGUGAUUGCCAACCAAAUUCAGUCUUCCACUGUGGAGAAGCAUUUCAGGCAAUUAAUUUAUGUAUGAUCUUUCAUAGGUUAAUUUUUACAUGUGGCUUUCAGUCCCUGCGCGUUUGUGAGAGGAGGGGACUUGGUGGUAAUUCAAUUCUUGUUAUCAUUAUUCUCAGCUGUUAGAGCGCUGAACUGUUGUAUUUAGCCGGUUCAGAGUUGUGGGAAUCGUGCUUCCUCGCUGUACACCAAUUCCACAAACAGAUGAUGCUGGAGUUACAAAUUUUUGUUUUGUUCUACUUAAGCAUCUCAGCAAAAUGUGAAAUUUGCAUGUUGUGCAGCACUCUUGUGUCAAGACAGAACGAACAUGUUCAGUAGUGCUCGCUGCACGCAAGCAAGAAGUUGUUCUGUGAUGGCAAUAAAAAGUGACAAAAACA